UGACUCGUUAUUUCUGUUGGUUGCUCUACAUACUUGUGCUUUGAAAACGAGUUCACACCCAUGGAUGGAAGGAAGGAUGGUAUUGCCCAUUUACUGUGCAUUCAGAGGCAAACUAACAGGAACCUUGAACGACAAUGACAUCAUCCGUCCCUGUUGAGUCAGUUGUGAAACGUUUACAACCUGAAUCAAAGUUCAUUGCAGUCAGUCAUAGCCAGCCAGCUAUGAAGUUAACAUCGGCUUUGGUUCUGUGCCUUUUGCUGGUUUUGGCACAAGGGCAAAAGACUAAAACUUAUGGACGAGGUUUGGACCGUUGCAAGCCCUUUCGGGUUGGAUGCAGCAUGAAGCAUUGGGACAAAGCUCCAUUUUUCAUCGUGAACGACUUUGUUGAAGGGGACAUGAAUUGUUCGGAUUAUCUGCCAGGUGAUCCGAAUGACAUCGAUAUUGGAGAUGCCCAUGAAAUAGUUCUCGAUGCCUGCAAGGAUGGGAUGGCCCAAGUCAGGAUUUGCGUCAUGAAGCAGAAGUACAUGCGCAACUUGGUCCUGGAUCAGGAUUUGAGACUGUCUGAGAUGGACGACUUGGAUUUCGCAAAAGUAAACUUGACUUCGAUCAAGUUUCAAGGGAAAUGCUGGUCAUGCCCUGACAAGACAAUUCUAGUGUAGAUUAUACUUAUAUACCAAUUAGAUAACAAACGAUGCAAAUUGUACUUCAAACGCUAAAAUAAAUGCCAUUGAAAGGCCGUGAUUCUG